UAGUCGAGCGCAGCUCUCAGUAGUACGAACAGCUGUUUCUUUCCUCGUCUUCGUUUCAAACCGAAAGCACCACCAUGUCCGGACGUGGCAAAGGCGGCAAGGCGAAGGGCAAGAGCAAGACCCGUUCCAGCCGCGCGGGGCUCCAGUUCCCCGUGGGCCGUAUCCACCGCCUCCUGCGCAAGGGCAACUACGCUGAGCGCGUCGGAGCGGGCGCCCCAGUCUACCUGGCUGCCGUGCUCGAGUACCUCGCCGCCGAGGUGCUCGAGCUGGCGGGCAACGCCGCUCGUGACAACAAGAAGACCAGGAUCAUCCCCCGUCACUUGCAGCUCGCCAUCCGCAACGACGAGGAGCUCAACAAGCUGCUUUCCGGCGUCACCAUCGCGCAGGGCGGCGUGCUGCCUAACAUUCAGGCCGUGCUCCUCCCAAAGAAGACGGAGAAGAAGGCGUAAGCGGGCACGCUUUUCGCACGCUCGCAAGCGUCACCAAACGGUCCUUCUCAGGACCACC